AUGUCGCAAAGUUCACUCUCUGAUGAGGAAGUAUUCGGAUACUACAACGUUGAACGUGGCGUUUUUGAAAUUAGUAAAGAGAAAAUUAAAAAUAAAACGCUAUUCGACUGCAUAAAAGGUAGAAACCUAAACGGUUUAUCAUUAUACUUUGCUAAAAAGCCAAACCUCAAAGGACUGAUACACAAGAUCGAAGAUGAUGAUGGCAACAAUUUACUUGCAGCCUCACUAUUGGCUGGUGACAGUGCGCUGACAAAUGGCUUAUUCAUCUGCAUAAGUGAAAAACUGUAUGAUCUCAUGGUCAUCAUCCUUGAGAAACAGACCACGAUCAAACACAAACACGGUGUCAAGCUGAAGUACCAAUCACAUCCGCCAUGCAUAGGUAGGGCGACAAGUCCUACCCCCAUUACCCCUAACGGCAUCUACAACCUAUCGGCUUGCCAUGACUACCCGCCAUAUUUAACCCCUCUGAUGUUAGCCUGUGAGAGGAAUGAUUUGGCCGCCAUUCAAAUUUUGGUGAAGUAUGGACAUCGGCUGCAUCGGCCACAUCGACGCUACUGCGAUUGCGAGGACUGCAAAAACAUAUCCGAAAGAUCGUUAAUAGAAGCUCUGUCUCGACAGCACGAAUACCGAGCACUAGCGAGUUCGGCCUACAUUACCGUAUCCUCGAUCGACCCCAUCAUACACACGUUCAGGUUGUACAGCGACCUCCUCGAGGAAUCCGAGUUAGAUCCGGAGUAUUCGGACGAAUACAAAUCAUUAGCAUCUCAGUGUUCAACUUACGUGACGAGCCUGAUAAGCUUGUGUCGAACCAAAGGUGAGGUACGAAUCUUACUGAGUAGGCAAGCUGAAUUCCGAACGAGGUACUCGUGCGUUCCUUUUAACAGAAUACAACAAGCUCUUGAGUUGAAGUUGAGGUUUUUUGUGGCCAACAGCAACUGCCAACAAGUUUUAGCCGAUAAGUGGUACGGUGACGAUUGGUCGGUUAGACGGAUGUCGAGUUUGGAGAUGUUUUUUUCUUACGUUCAAAGAAUCGUAACUUUACCGUUUAUCGCAUGCAUAACCGUGUUGAUACCGUACGGACCGGUUGCUGAGCGAUGUCGGAUACCGGUUAACAAGUUUCUGAAUGAGGCUGCUUCCUUCUCUCUUUUCUUGAUCCUCAAUCUCGUCUCGGUAGGGAUGUCAUUUGUAGUCGGUAGUACCGAACGUUUGGCUGUUUCAGGAUUUACGUGA